AUGGGGGGAACGAUCCACGCGUAUUUCGACUGCGUGUCUCCCUAUUCAUACUUUGCAUUCCUGCACCUGCGCAAGCACCGGGCUGUGCUGGCGACCCAUGGCGUCAAGAUCGAAAUCCACCCCGUCUUCCUCGGCGGCAUCAACGUCGGCUCAGGAAACACACCCCCGUGGAAACUCCCCGCCAAAGCCCGCUACAGCGAAUACGACCGCAAGAACGCGGUUCGAUACUUUGGCCUACCGGAGUUUACGGCGCCGUCAUUUUUCCCUAUUCUUUCGUUGUUGCCCCAACGAGCAAUCACCUACAUAAAAGCACACUAUCCGGCCUCAAAAUUCGAAGAAACCUUCCUCCUCCUCUGGCAAUGGCUCUUCUACCGCCACGAGGACAUCUCCCAGCCAGCGGUGCUAACGCGCCUGCUGACCGAAGACGCGGGUUUCACGGCCCACGAAGCAGAGACCAUCAUCGCCGCGACAGGCGAGCAGAAGUGGAAAGACGCCCUUCUGGCGCGCACGAAGGAGGCGCUGGAUCGGGGCGCGUUCGGUGCGCCAUGGUUCUGGGUCGUUCGUGAAGGACCCGAUGGGAAGGAGGAGGAGACGUCGAUGUUUUUUGGGAGUGAUCGGUUUGUUGCCAUUAUCCAGUAUAGAUAUAAUAAUAUGUAUGAUCAUUCUGACCGUCAGUGUUUGUUUCCAAACAGAUUCCACUACAUCUGGACCUUCCUCAACCUGCCCUUUGACGAUAUCAAGAUCCAUCCGGGGCCGUUGAAGGCGAAUGAGCUGAUAGAUAGUAGUAACAACGACAACAAGAGCAAAGAUGACAUGACGGAAUCGAAGGCAAAGGCAAAGCUGUGA